AUGGAGGUCUCCGACAGCCCGCUCAACCUCGCUCACCAGCAGUGCAGGCAGGCGGAGCGUUUAGUAGUGGCUGGAAACUAUAAAGACGCCAUCUCCUGCCACGGAAAAGCUGCAGAUCUCCUGACAGAAGCUAUGCAGACAACCGAAUGUGAGCAGGCGCGCCUGUCCAUGGAGCUGCAGCGGGACAGCCACAUCAAGCAGCAGCGCCUCAUCCAGGAGCGCUGGAAGAGAGAGGCCCGCCGCCAGGCCUCCCGGGCCGGCCCCGGCCCGCUGCCCCCGGGCCCCGGACAGGCCCCCGGCCAGGCCCCCGGACAGGCCCCCGGCCAGGCCCCCGGACAGGCACCCGGCCAGGCCCCCGGACAGGCCCCCGGACAGGCCCCCGGACAGGCCCCCGCGGGCGCCGGCCCCCCGGCGGACGGCGGGGGGGGGGCUGGCGAGCGCGAGUACGACACCCUGCUGUACCAGCUCCAGGUCCGGCAGAGCGGCGGCGGCCGGCCGGCGGCGCCCCCCUGUUCCGGCUCCAAAACCACCAAAGACGACAAGACCCGGCUGGAGGAGCAGCUGACCACCAUCCAGGACCUGCGGCGGCUGGUGGACCAGCUGAUGACCGAGAACCAGCGGCUGACCGCCGACAACCAGCGGCUGAGCCUGGAGAACGCGCGGCUGACCUCGGAGGCCGAGGCCGAGCGCUCGGAGCUGUGGGUGCUGCCCCAGGCCGCCGGCGCCAUGGGCCCCGGGGGGGGGCUGGAGAGGAAGAGCAAGGGCAAGGAGAUAGCCAUCCCCCAGCUGCCCCCCCUGGAAAUGCCAGCCAAAGAGGAUCUGUGUCUGGACGACCUGCCCCCCCUGGAGCUGCCAGAGGACAUCCAGAACGAGCUGCAGGAGCUCCUGGACAGGGACAAGCUGUGA